AUGACAUCGGUGGUUCAGCACGGCCGACGGAGAGGAUCCAGUAAAAGUGCAGAGGAAGCCAGCAGGAUGAUCCAGCCACCAGAUCUCAGACAAGUCACUGUCUUAACCAAGGCUGAAUGGCUGAGGAUUCAAGGUGAACUGAACCAGGUUAAUAAAGACAAGGAGAAGAUGAGAGAGGCAGCGAAGCAGAGGGAAGACCUGCACCUGCAGUCAAAAGAGGUGGUGAAGCUGUGGUCCAAUACCAUCGCUGGUCAAAGGCAAAAAAAGCUGGAGGCAAAGAAGAUUCGGGAGCAGAUUGAGGAGGAAAAAAGGAAACUGACUGAUAUGGAAGAGGCCAAAUACAAGGAACAAAAGCGUAAAGAGGCCAUUGAAAAAGCCAAGGCUCAGCUGUAUUAUCAAACUGACCGCGUCAAAGGAUUGCAUCGUGCACUCCUGCUGACAGAGGUGCUGAAGGAGCGGGAGGCUCAGAUCGAACUUAAGCAAAGAAUAAAGAGCAGCUCUAAAGAUGUGGACAAAGAAUUCAUGGACAUGGUAAAGACAAGAGAGGAUGAAGCCCGGACACAGGAGCAGGAGAAAGCACUUCAGAAAAAGCUUCAGAGACAGGCUGUUGCAGAGGACCUGAAAAACCAGAUCAAGAACAAUGAGUUGGCGAGAGAGCAACAAAAGGCAGAGAACAUGAGGGACGGAGAGGAAAUCCAACAGCUUCAGGAACUCUAUCAGUGGGAGCAAAGAAUGGAGAAAGAAAGACAAGCAGAGCAGAAGAGAAACCUUAUGCAAGCUCACCUGGAACAUCUCACCAACAGGGAUCUCAUAAAAGCCGCUGAUGAACAAAAACAGAAGGCCGAAGAGGAGCAGAGGAAAGUUUUUCUCUCCGCGAAACAAAAAAUGACAAAGUUAAGGAAAGAUAAAGAAGCAGAGUUGUUAAGAGAGGCCCAGAUGCACAGAGAGAGGAUCAUGAACAAACUAACAGUCACAGAGCAGGAGCAAACCAUCAGUGAGGAGCAGAGGAUCGCUAAGGCUGUUGCUGAACGCGAUGCAAAACAGCUGCAACAGCAGAGGGAGGGGGAGGAGAAGAGGGCUGCAAUGCUGAAGUCGAUCUCUGCACACAGAGAACUCAUGAGACAAGAAAAGGAGAAGAGGGACAAGGUCGCGCAACAGAACACCUGGGACGCGCUUCAGGCCAAGAAAGAGGCUGACAGAAUAUUUUCUGAGAAACAACAACUGAAGGCUCAGGGGAUCAGAGAAGAAGAAAGAAAAUUACAAGACUUCAAUGCAACACAAAUGGCUGAAAAAAUUGCCAGGAAUCAGCAGCUGAGAAGAGAGGAACACGAGUUUGAGGCAAAGAACGCAGACAUUGCCGCUGAAGAGGAAACCCAGUUUCAGCGGUAUUCACAGCUAGUCAUCAAAGCAGCGGCAGAGGCUCAGAGAAAUGUGUUCCCACUUUGCAAAGCUGCGAGGGAAGGGAUCGGAGGGGAACUUGGUCCCGUUUUUAGUGGAGUCAGGCCCAGCUACCUUGUUCAGGACCGUAGUGGUGCUCAGAUGCCCAAAUAUGUCUCUGGUACUACCCAGGACAUUAAAAAGCUCAAUGAAGUUGUAGAUAUUCAAGAAGCAAAGAGAAGACUUGGGUUUACGUGGUCGUAG